AUGGAUAGCUUUAACAAUUAGCAUUAGCUUAUCAAUAAUUUUCAAGAUCCUUCAAGCAGAAUUAGUUCUUAAUCCGUGGUCAGCCUUGAAUCAUCGAACUAAAGUGGAAUAGACUAUUCGAGGGAUUCGAGUUUACUCUCUAUCAGUAGAGUAGAGGGGAAUAAAGGCUCUAGUGGCUCUGGAGCUCCCUUGGUAUUUGUAUUCGGCCAAAAUUCAUAUGGAGAACUAGGAUUAGGCGAUGUCUAAGAAAGAAGUAUACCUAGUUAAGUUAGAUUUUUUGAUGAGCUUAAUGUGAUGCAAAUAGCUGCAGGAAAUGAACAUAUUGCGGUUUUGACAAGAAGUGGUGAUGUCCUGACAGUGGGAUUCAAUGGCAGUGGGCAAUUGGGACAUGGAAAUAACAAAUCGAUAUCAACCCCCAAGAAAGUAGACUCUCUUAAGAAUAUUAGAAUCACAUAAAUAUCAUCAGCAAAUGGUUGUGAAAAUCUAGCUCUAAUUUCCCAAGAUGGAAAACUAUACACAUGUGGGUACAACAACUAUGGAUAACUUGGACAUGGAACAUAAUCAAAUCUCUCUACACCAACUUUAGUAUAGGCACUAAAGGAUACACAAGUAACGAAUGUUUCAUGCAGCUAUUAUCACUCCGUUAUUGUGACUUAGGAUCUCAGGCAACUCAACAAGCAAACUACAUCUGUUUAUAGUGUUGGUAGAAAUGACAAUGGAUAGUUAGGAUAAGAACAUACCUGUCAUGAAAUCACCCCCAAAAUCAUUAGGGGUUUGAGCAAUAGAUAAGUUAUAUAAACUGCUUGUGGACUACAUCACUCAGUCUUUGUAACUAUGCAUGGAGAAGUAUUCUCUUGCGGAUUUAAUGAUAAUGGGUAAUUGGGUCACAGUGACACUAGAUCGAGGAAUACACCAGUCUUUAUUGAAAGUCUCAAAAAUAAAUUUAUUGUUCAAGCUGCUUGUGGAUAUUAUCACACUAUUGUGAGAAGAGACACAGGAGAGAUAUAUGCAUUUGGAAGGAAUGAUAAAGGCUAAUUAGGAAUUGAGACUAAUGGUUAGGCCCUAGUUUCGCCUAAAUAAAUACAAGAAUUCUUAUCUGUCUCAAACAUUUUUAACUCUGGAAAUCAAAACAUCGGCUAAAAUGCGAUGGAAGAGGCUAUGAUAAUGCAAGGAUUAGCAGAGUCUAAUAACCUUAACAAUUAAUAACCAGCAGUUUAAUAUGUAGGUAAAAAAGUUAAUAUUGCUAAAAUUGCUUGUGGCUGUUAUCACUCAAUAGCUCUAUGUGAAAGUGGCUAAUUAUUUACAUUUGGAAGAGGAAAUCAUGGGUAGUUAGGACAUGGAAAUACAGAAGACUAAAAGCUUCCCAAAUAGGUAGCAACGCUACAUGAUAAAAAAGUAAUAGACAUUGCUGGUGGAUUUUAUCAUACUAUUGUGUUAGUUAAGCAAAAGAAAAAGAAGGGGAUAUCUUAACUUUCAACCGACAUGAAAAAAAUAAUUAAUGAGCCUUCCAGGGCAGAUGUAACAUUUAUAGUCGAAGGGAGACCACUUCAUGCUCAUAGAUGUAUAUUGUUUGUUAGGUGUAAGAACAUAGAGGAAAAGAUCAGGCAAUCCUCAAGAAGAAGUGACGAUAGAGAUAAAAUUAGGUGGGGAAUCAAUCACCCUAAUCAUGUUAUUAUGGAAAUUACUGAAGUUAAGUACAAGGCUUUCCUCGCCUUGAUAGAAUAUCUUUACACAGACAACAUAAAAUCCUUCAAGAGCAAUCAAAAUGAUGAUAUAUUUGAGAUUGAGCAUUUAUUAGAUUUGCUGAAACUUUCUCAUGAGUUCAGAGUUGAUAAACUUAGGAAGCUAUGUUAAGACGCCAUUGAGCCGUCAAUCAGUUUAGACAACUGUACUAUAAUUCUUAAGAAAGUGAGUGAGAUAGGUGUACAAGCAGAGGACUUAAAGAAGAUGGCUAUAAACUUUAUACUAUUGCACUACCAAUCUGUGAUGAAGAUGGACUCAUUCUAUGAUUUGCCCAAUCAUCUAAUCAAAGAAGUUAACUUAGAAGCAGCGUCCUAUGGAGUUAGAGUGCUUCUAAAUAACCGAAAUGAUAAUAACAAUAAUUGA